CAAAGAGUUUCGCGGGGCGGAAGCGCCAUGCCGUCGAGAGCCGAGUCCGCGGACGACGACGACCUGGACGUGUACGAGUCGAAUCCUUUCGAUGAUUCUGUUUGCCUGGAAAAACACGGCGGCAACAAUCAAAUCUCCGACUCGACAUCGUCGACAAAAGCGACGAAACUCAGCACGUUCGACUUUCAAAAGUGGGUUGCACGGAAAGACAAAUACGAGCGAGUACUGCAAGCGCUGCAAUCGCUCUCGACAGAUCGUGCCUCGAAUGACACGCAAUGGUUUGACUGUGCCGUUGCGUUGGCAGCAACGGAUUGCCUGCUCAAAGUUGGUCGAACAGACAAGUGUGACUGCGAAGGGAUUUGCCGUGAUCCAGAACAUGCUGUGUCCAAGCAACGAUCGCGCUGCCAGUGUCCAGCUCCAAAAUGCUCCAUUUGCAACCGGUGCAUCGGCACGACAGUUGGCGUGAUCACGGAAAAGAUGCAAGAAAUUAUGCGACUUUACCGCGGGAAAUCGCACGACAGUGAUUUGGAAAUAGCGCAGCAAGUCGCCGACAUGGGGGAAGGACAGCUCUUGAACAGCGUCAAAAUCACCGGACUCGCCAUGCGGAUGGCCAAGUCAGUGUUGGCGCAGUGCAGUGUGCAGCUUGGACCCGAUCAAGCCAAAAUUCAGCGCCCUUGUUCGUGUCCGAUGCGCUCGUUGGGCGAUCACUGGGUGCGGUGGACGAAAGCCAACCAUUCAUUCAACAAAGUGCGGCUAUCGGAGACGCAAGCGAAGAAGUUUGGAGGCGCCACACGACAGUUGAUGGAAUUCAUGGAAGACGAGAACGUGUAUUUGCUCACAAUUAAGUGGCGCGUGGCUGCCAAGCCUCAGAAAGGCGACACAGCAAAAAUUGCAGCUCGUCGGUGCCUCUCAGCAGACGAAAAGAAGCUCAAUGUGGUGUUCAAAGCGCUUUGCAAGAAGUACUGGAUGCAAGCACAACACCGAGUGGUCGAGUUGUUGCGUGAGAAGAUCGAAGCCAUGACAAAAUGCGCUGGCGACAAGGGCGAUGAUCGGAGGCCGUCCAAGUCUGUGACCGAGAUGGAGACAAGCGUGUUGACCAACAUAGGCGUCAAACGAAUCAUCCAAUGGGUAGAAGACGACAAAGAAGCCGUGCAGGCCAAGGAGGACGAGGCUCAAAAGGAGAAGCAAGAGGAAGGCGCGGUGGCCCACAACGCGUGGGUCAAGCGAAAGGAUCGAUUGCGGGUGAGAAUCCCCGUGUCGCCAACAAACAGAGGAAGUGCAAUCAAGCCGAUGUGGAAACCGCCGCGAUUUGACUUUAGCGCUGGGGGCGUUGUCCGUCCGAAAAAGAUGGACAUGCCAUCGUGCGCGGUAGACCUCAUGCGAAACAGUGGCCUCAAAUAUGUCCACGCGAUGUCGGAGGGGUUCCAAGGUCGGGGGGGCGAUCUAGACAAGUGCCGCGAAGUGCUCAUCAAGCAGGGACACGUGUACAAAAGCAAUUUCAACGUCGACGACCCGGACAGUGCGUUUUCCGAAGAUCGGUACCAUUUUGAGAAGCAAGCCAAGAAAGGCGCGGGAAAUGUUGUUGUCGGGGGGGUGACGCGCGAGGAAGGCAGCAAAGAAUCGUAUGCGCUUUGGAUUGCGGCAAAAGCUCGACGAGACAAAGCCGUUGCGUUCCUACAACACAUUACAAAACCAAAAGACUUGGAGCCCGAAGAGUCCCCGGCCACACGGUGGCGGGACGUCGGCCAAGCACUCAAGGGCGUUGAUCGGUCGCUGCUGACGGCAUGGAUGUCGUGGUCGGACGGGUUUAUGUCCCAAGGACGGUGCCGCGUAUUAUGGGAAAGCUUUCCGCCGAUUGCGUGUGACGUUCACUCGACGUCGUCGGCGAUCCGCGAUAUCUUUCUCAAGUUGCUCCAUCGAAAGGAAGUGGACUACAAGGAGGCGUUCUUGGCGUUUGCAAAUCGUAAACACAUUCAAGCUGUCAAAGCAGGCGUGGCCGAAGACAUGAACGACGAAGACAAACUCCAAACUUAUGCGCAACUUAGUGCCAAAGAGUUUACCAAAUUCUUGGCCACGCUCGGGAUUCUCUUGCAGCCCGAAGAAUGCGAUCGCAUCGUCGAGUACUUUGAUGCAAACGGUGACGGCACCAUCACCAUGCAGGAAUUUCUGGCCGUGACAGGUGACAAGCGCCUCACCCAGUGCCAUGGAGACACCGAGUUGGCGCUCAAGGACGUGUGCAUGUGGGAAACCGUGUGCCACGAAUGCGGCAUGUUGAAUGCGUUCCAAAUGGUGGUGAACUUGAAGAAGGACAAGCAACGUGUGAGAGCCGAACUACCUGCGCAUGUCAAGCGUCGGCAGCUGAGUCAAUUUCAAUGCCAUCCCGUACUCAACAUGCGCGAAGUCAAGGAGCAAGCUCCGUACGCGUGUGACUAUGCGGGAUGGACACCGGACAAAGCGCAAGAUUGCGUAUCCAAGCUAGACCUGUGGUCCGUUAAAAACCGCGAGCGACAAGCGCUUCAACGUUUGGUCACCCAAGGCUCUCCACCGGAAGCGCCGACGCUAUUCAAAGACGAUGACGCGACGUUGGACCCGACAACAAUGCUGCUGUUGCGUUGGCAUCCGCCUCCAGUCCACGGCAACAACGGCGCUGCGUUUUACAUGUUGGAAACGUCUGGAGCUGAGGGGUCGGCAACGUACAAGCAGAACGUAUUUCGCACACUCGUGCGCGACCCGCAAGACUUUCACGACAAUCAGGGCGAACCUCGAUACCACUUUGUCGUCACCGGCCUCACGCCCAACACAAAAUACGCCAUGCGACUACGUGCGUUGAAUGCGUUCGGCGCUGGUCCUUAUACGUUUGGGUACUUUACGACCGUCCCCUCGGCGCCCCCUGCCCCUAUUUCGACCCGAGUGACGUGGAAUAGCAUCCACCUCAGCUGGAACACAUCCAUUUGGUACGAAACACAACUCAAGGAACUGCGGCAAGUGUUUGAUGAAGCGGAUGUUGACCACAACGGCGAGAUUUCCCGCGACGAAUUUGUUGAGGAAAUUGAAAAACGAAAGCCACGUGUGCUCGAAUUCCUGCAAAAGACGACGGUUGCGACGGCAGACGCGACAGGGGUGCCACUGAGCAUGUUUGACCUGAUUGAGACCAACGACAGCAAUUCAAUUUCGUGGCAAGAGUUUGUCCAAAUGUUUCAAGCAUCGAUCGAUUGGGACACAGCGGAUAAACCGACAAAGCCUUCCGGCAGCGGUCCGCCGUCCACGGUGGCGUCCAAGCAGCGAGGGGCCGCUGUCCGAGUCAACCGAACGCGAUACGUGCUCAAGCAGUGCGUCGACGAAGUUGCCGGCACAUACUCGGAAAUAUACCGAGGCACCAAGCCGUAUUUUGUUGUGCUUGGUCUGGCCGCAGGCACGGCGUACCAAUUUCGCGUGCAAUCGCUCAACGAAGACGACGUGGCGUCGCUCCACAGUGCGGCGACGGUGGUGCAUACCGCUCUGACGACCCCGCAGGCGCCGGUCGUGACCACGUUAGGAGACUCUAGUGUGACGUUGCAGUGGGCCGAAGGAAGUGCGCAGGCCAGCGACCAGUUGACGUUGGCUCAAAAAACAAAACGCAUGAAGAAGGGCGCAGUGCUGGACGAUACCGUCCACCGCAUGCUGAAAGAAUGGGCAAAGGAGACAAAUGUCGACUCUCCGACCAUUGACUUUGCCGGAAAGUUCAAGCGCUACGACGCCGACGGUAGCGGGUACAUCGAGUUAUCCGAGUUUAAAACGCUGUUGACUGAACUGGGCGUGUCUCCAACUCCGGACCGCGUCCAAGCGUAUUUGACGGAAUUCGACACCAACAACGACGGCAAGAUUUCGUUUGAAGAGUUUAAAACGUGGUGGAACAAGGACGAUGUCGAGUAUGUCCUCAAGCGGUCAUCGUCGUCAUCGACAGACACGUCCGUCGUGUGCUAUCGAGGCCCUGGCACGACAACUACCAUCGCGGGUCUUACACCCAACACGCGCUAUGUGUUUCGGCUUCGACAUGUCGGUUCCCAUGCAACGUCCGGUUUGAGCCCAGCAUUGUCGGUCAUGACGUUGCCGAGGCUACCGUCACCGGUCGGCGUGAUCGAAGCGCUGUCGACAAAAUUAAGAGUGAAGUGGCACUCGGGAGCGUAUGGCGCCGAUCGCUUUCUUGUCGAGUACAAAUGGGCUGAAAGUUUGGACGCGAAGAAGACGGCCAAGCCACUUGCUGCAAUCACGUCCAAGGACACUUGGGUUGUGGGCUACGAGGGCCACGACACGGUCGCGACGUUGGUGGGACUUGCUGCCAAUUGCGUGUACCGAAUUCGAGUGCGCGCAUCCAACGCAGACCGAGGUUGGAGUAACUAUGGAAGCAUCACGGAAGCAUGCACGUGUGCGAAAGAUCCAUCGAUGAAGCCAUCGGCGGCCGCCGAACGGUUCAAAGUCGAAGUGGGCGGUCCAGGGCAGAUGGUGGUCGGAGACACGAUUUUGUUCACAGAGCGGUUGUAUUUGGGCGACAAGGGCAAGGUCAUGGAGGACGAAGAGCGGCGCGGAAAGUCCAAGUCGUCCCAUGGAGGCCAAGAGUGUGUCGGUGAGCGAACAAUCGCAGCCAGAGUGACCAAAGUUGUCGUGGAUGCAUUCGCGGUGCGGACGGUCGUGAUGCUCGAAGUCGUUUGGUCCACUGUACUCUUUUACGACCCAAUGCAGCAGAAAACGAUGGCGGCCACGGCUACACUACAGCCAGACAUAAAGAUUGCUCGCGGGGAAGCGUCCAUACUCAAGUACGAAGCGUUUCGAUUGCCAUGGCAGGACGAAGUCGCCCGGAAUCCCCACGUCGCGAUGAAAGGAGCGGGGUCAGGAUGGGAGACCUGGCAAGAGGCAAAUGCCAAGGACACUUGACAAUGCAUGGAUCUUUAAUAUGAACGUUUAGCGGACAAGGUGUUCACUUUGUCCACGAGAAGCUGGAGGUUGGAGUAGAAGAGGUGGCAGCGAAUGGGCAUUUCGAGCUCGUAGAACGGAUUCUUGAGCACGUAGUCUGCGUACAACUCGUAGAUUUGGCGCAACACAGCCUCCAACUCGACGCUUGAUAUGUUGGGGAGUGCCGUGAUGAAGAACUUUGUCCCUGUCAGCGUCUGGAAACAUUGCAACCGGAACGAGUCCGUGUCCAUGGACACAAUUCCUUUGGACGCCACAGGCGCAGCCAGCGCUGCGAUGGCAUGGAUGCUGUGAAACGUGGACCCAAGGCGCAAGCGAUCAUUGCUGCUAAUCUUGGGUGCGUCCGAACUCAGGUCUUGUUGGUACACAACCCCUCCCGCCUUGUUGAUCACAAACAAAGACAGCAGCAUGCCGGCGGAC